CGGAGUGCGAGGGACGAGAGGAGUAAAAUCUCCACCAGCUGGGAACCAACCUUAUCCCUGAUUCCCAGCCCCGGCCUUUCUCCAUCCCGACCUGGAGGCUGUUUCGUAGGCGCAGGAGGCUGCUGACGCCCGCUAAUCGGCUUUCGCUGUGCCGCCCCGGCUUGGAAGCCCGCUGGCGUCGGCGACGGUGACGAGAAGCCCACAAACAAGAGUUAAUUGAGAGUUGGAGGCAACCUUGCUGAAGAUGAAGAAUAUACAUUAGAGGAGGAGAUUUUUUUCUUUCUUUCACAAGUCUUGAUUGUGUUUGGUGGCUUGCCUCUAGUUACCAUUUUUCAAUUGAGUCUGUUUGCUUCAUCAGAAAUGAUUUUUACAAUCUCAAGAAAAAAUAUGUCCCAGAAAUUGAGUUUACUGUUGCUUAUAUUUGGACUCAUUUGGGGAUUGAUGUUACUGCACUAUACUUUUCAACAACCAAGACAUCAAAGCAGUGUCAAGUUACGUGAACAAAUACUAGAUUUAAGCAAAAGAUACGUUAAAGCUCUAGCAGAGGAAAAUAAGAACACAGUGGAUGUCGAGAAUGGCGCUUCUAUGGCAGGAUAUGCUGAUCUAAAAAGAACAAUUGCUGUCCUUUUGGAUGACAUUUUACAACGUUUGGUAAAGCUGGAGAACAAAGUCGACUAUAUUGUUGUAAACGGCUCAGCAACCAACACUACCAAUGGUACUAGUGGGAAUCUGGUGCCUGUGACGACAAAUAAAAGAAUAAAUGUAUCAGGCAGCAUUAGAUAGCAGUUGAAGAUCAGCUUGUGCUGCUACGUUCACCGUGGAUUAUAUCCUAUGGCAGAAAAGCUUUUAUAUCGCUGGCUAGCAUAGAGUAAUAUACAAUAAAACCUCUAUGCAUUUUCAAGGAAUAUGCUGGAUUCAUGGAACUCUAAUUCUGUAUAUAAAUUUUAAAAGUUAUUAGUUUGCUUUCAGGCACAACUCUUCAAUGCUGUACUAUAUCCUUAAAGGGAAUUUGGUAACAUGGUUGAUGUAGUAAGCAGGUAGGUGAUCUUUGUAUAAAUCUUUGUGUUUGAGAUCAAGUUGAAACAAAAACACUGAAAGACAUGGAUUCAUUUCUAUAAAAUAUUUAUUUAAAUAUAUAACAUGUUUUUCAGACAAGUGAAGAAUAUUGUUACUGAAUCAUUCUGUCAUUUGUUAUCAGUAGAUGUGACUGUUUGACUAAUACUAUUAGAAAAUGUGCUUACUUCCAGUACUUACUAUAUUUUGUUAUUCAGAUUAUGAGCAGAGAGAAAGGAAGUAUAAUGUUGAAAAUAAUGUUUUGAAAUCAUGACCCAAAGAAUGUCUUCAUUUGCACUAUCCCUUCAGAAAAACUGGAGGUUAAUUGUAUAUUUUAAAAAAUUACAUUUAUAAGAGUGUAAUCUUGAAAUGGGUAGUAGCCACUGUUCGUAACCUAUUCUAAACAUUGGGACAAUUAAAUAACAUUAAAAUAGUAAUCUCUA